CAACGGAAGUCGUUGAGGCUUGUCAACCAAAUCCAGACACGGAGUUUUCACGCAGAGCUCUAAUUGGCCAACCUUUCUUCUUGGCGAAGUUAAAAAAAUCCUUAUAUAUGCAUGGCUUCACCUUCAGCCAAACUAGCUCUAACAAUUUUCAUUAUACUUCUAAUCACUCCAACCCUCACUACUCACUGCAAUGGCAGACGUGGCUAACGGCAAUUCUCAUGAUUUUGCCUCUCUACUUUCUUCUUCUGAGAGGGAUUACCUGAUUCGGAACAACGGUGAUCAUGUUAAGAUUGACAGCUUGAAGGGGAAGAAGCUGGGUUUAUAUUUUUCAGCAUCAUGGUGUGGCCCAUGUCAGCGAUUCACCCCAAUUUUGGUGGAGGCUUACAAUGAACUUGCUCCAAAAGGUGACUUUGAGAUUGUUUUUAUCUCAGCUGAUGAAGAUGAUGAAUCAUUCAAAACAUAUUUUUCAAAGAUGCCAUGGCUUGCAAUCCCGUUCUCUGAUUCAGAGAUACGCAAUCGCUUGGAUGAGCUAUUCAAGGUGCAGGGAAUACCCUGCCUUGUGAUCCUUGACGAAAAUGGUAAAGCUUCAUGUGAAAGUGGUGUGGAAAUCAUUCGGGAGUAUGGAGUUGAAGGUUAUCCUUUUACACCAGAAAAAAUCAAAGAACUAAAAGAGCAAGAAGAAUCAGCCAGGAGGGAUCAAUCUUUGAGAUCUAUCUUGGUCUUCCGUUCUCGUGACUACGUAAUUUCACCUGAUGGAAAGAAGGUACCUGUCUCUGAACUUGAAGGGAAGACAGUAGGCCUGUAUUUCUCUUUGUCUUCAUACAAAUCAUGUGAUGAUUUUAUUCCAAAGCUUGCUGAAGUUUAUGAGAAAUUAAAAGCAAAGGGAGAGGACUUUGAGGUUGUGCUCAUUUCACUUGAUGAUGAUGAAGAAGCUUUCCAGCUGUCCUUCAGAAACAUGCCUUGGUUAGCAAUUCCUUUCAAGGACAAGUGCUGCGGGAAGUUGGUCCGGUAUUUUGAGCUCUCAACUCUUCCCACUCUGGUUGUUAUUGGACCAGAUGGAAAAACUCUCCAUUCUAAUGUUGCUGAAGCCAUUGAAGAACAUGGAAUUCAGGCAUACCCAUUCACCCCCGAAAAGUUUGCGAAGCUUGCAGAGAUGGAGAAAGCAAGAGAAGCUGCCCAAACCCUGGAAUCGGUUUUGGUUUCUGGGGGCCAGAAUUUUGUCAUUGGGAAAGAUGGAGCAAAGAUUCUGGUGUCUGAUCUAGUAGGGAAGAAUAUCCUCCUUUAUUUCUCAGCACAUUGGUGCCCUCCAUGUCGAGCCUUUCUGCCUAAACUCAUUAAGGCAUACCAUGAGAUUAAGGCAAAAGAUGAUGCAUUUGAAGUGAUUUUCAUCUCCAGUGAUGGGGACCAAGCCUCUUUUGAUAAAUUCUUUUCAGAGAUGCCAUGGUUGGCACUUCCCUUUGGAGAUGAGAGGAAGGCAUCUUUGAAUCACAAAUUCAAGGUUCAAGGUAUACCUAUGCUCGUAGCUCUUGGACCAACUGGGCGAACUAUCACAAAAGAAGCCAGAAUGCUUGUUAUGGUUCAUGGUGCUGAUGCUUAUCCCUUCACUGAUGAGCAUUUGAAGGAGGUAGAAGCAAAAUAUGAGGAGAUGGCAAAGGGGUGGCCUGAGAAGAUAAAGCACGCACUUCAUGAGGAACAUGAGUUAAUACCUUCUCGUCGAACAUUUUAUAAUUGUGAUGGUUGUGGUGAAGAAGGAAAUAUCUGGUCCUUCUACUGCGAAGAGUGUGACUUUGAUCUUCAUCCAAAAUGUGCUCUGAAAGAAGGUGAGGAAACUAAAGAUGAUGGAAAGGAGGAUGAAAAGGAUGAAGCAAAACCUGGAGAAGGAUGGGACUGUGAUGGGGAGGUCUGUUACAAAGCCUGAGAAAUCAGGGUUUUAAUGCCUUCAGCUGAGAUCAACAGAUUAAUUAAUCUAUACGUAUUAAAGUGUGUCUUUUCUUUUCCUUGUUUUCUUUUUAUUGUAUUAUCAUCUUUGAGAGACACCUCAGUUCAUAUGCUUGGAGGUAUCCCCUGAAGAUUUAAUUAUGUGUAUUAUGUUCCUAUCAAUGAAAUCAUUUGCAUUGAAAAUUCA